GCCUCACUCGGUAAAGUAAUGAUGAUAAUGACAACAAUGGCGCAUGAAUGGCCUGCUUUCGUUUAAAGCAGAGAUAGUGCUCAUGACUGACCACUUUUGGUCAAACUGCUUGAUAAUGACAGUCACCAGACCAGUGGGCCACUGGAGCAAUAUUUGUGCGAUUAAAAUUUCAUUUAAAACUUCCACCAAAAUUGUCCGCCGACUGCAAGUCAUUGCAUUUCCUUCCUCAUUUCCAACUACUUUCAGCAACCUGAAACUCCAGCUCGUUACGGAUGCGAAACUUUUCGAAGCUUGGUCAGUGGGUACACAGCGCACGCGCAAGCGACUUCAUGCAUGCACGUAUGUGUGUGUGUUUGUUUGAGCAAAGCAGUAAAGUAAUGUGAUCGCGUUCAAGCGAGCAGCUGAAAGCCAAGUUUACAAUAGCCUUAUAACAACAACAAUGAAGGCAAAAAAGCAUUACAUUUUCGAAACUGCAAUACCAUGUCACUAACAUACACACAUGAAUAUACAGAUGUAAGUCUCAAUGUAUUUACCGAAAUAUAUUUACCGUGUGUGGCAAUGUCCAAGUCGCGGGCCAAGUCAAUAAAACCGUUGCCUUCAGCGGCUCAGUCGAAUUUUCGUGCUUGAACGUGCGCAUGCGCAUGCGCUGUAACAUCGCAACAGUUAUCGCAGAGAGUAAAUAUAUCAUUUCUUAAAUUUAAUUCAGUUAAAUACGCCAAAUUGAUUUUGAAGCGCUUAACAUGUUGCCUAUUGUGACACAGUUGAAGAUUUUCUUAUUGCUCUUUGUGCUCCACACACAAGCGCAUCCGAUUACCAACAACAAUGAUGCAGCGCUUGCGCAAUCUGCAGUGGACAAUACCAAGCUUUUGUUUGAGGUCAAUGGUGGCACCGUCCAAAACACGCCCAUCGCAGAAGACACGGCGACGGCUGGCGACAGUAGUCCAGACUUUCGCGUCGACGAAGCGCAGUUGGCGGAGUACACGGUGCAUUCGCAAGCCGAGGAAGGCGGUAGCAGCAGCUCGGGUGGAUUUAGGAUCUCUUUGUUGCCGUCGCAAGAAAAGACUGCCGAGUCAGUUAAUCUGGAACAAGAAGGCAUACCGUCGAAGGUGCUUAGCACAUAUGACAAGACGCAGAAGAAGGUGGCCGAUUUGACCAAUCUGGAACCUAUUGUGGACACCAUUAGUGAGCAUGAGAAAUAUGGCAAUAACGGUGAUAUGUUUGAUGGCAUAGCGCGCUCAAUUGUGAACGGUUACGAGGCUUUUUCGAAUCUCCUUAACGCUUUAAUACAGAAACCGAAGGAUAUCGCUCGUUCUAUUUCGAAGGGCAUUACGGCACAGCUGGAUGUUAUUGGUGGCAAAAUUGUUGGAUUAUGAAAAUAGCACCGAUAUUAUUGUAAAGUUUAGUUAUCUUUAAGUUACAAGUAGUUGUUGAUUGUUUAUGUUAUUUUUAUUGUAUUUUUAAUUUUCAAUAAAUAAUUUAUUAGUUGUUUUAACAUAUAAUUGUUGUUUUUUUGGUUUAGAUGGAUAAAUUCUAUAAGACAAGCAAUUUCAAUUGUUAUUGAGCAACUUUUUUGAGUAAUCAAAAUAUUAUUUUAGAAACAUCAAUGCCGAACCAAAUCAAGUAGGAAUGUUUUACCAUUAUCAAGUUAAUAAUUAUUCUAAAAUUGUAGUUAAUUGUAAAGUAAUAUGAAAUUUUUUCACUUUUUAAAAAAAUGCAGGUAAAUUUUUCUUCGAGCUGCAUGUAAAUGUAUGCUGAAUAGUCUUAAAUUCAUUUACUAUUUAUUUAUUAAAUUAAUUUAUCUUUUUGUAGCUGCAAUUAUUUGGCUAAGAAUUGGAGUUUUGGAUUAUUUAAUAAAUUGCUUUUAUAUAACUUUUUUGCAUUGCUUCAAAGGAUUCUAAAUAUUAUAUA